UCCCAUCAGGUGUUUGAGAUAUUUUUAUACCAAAAAAUAGAAUGAUUAUCUUUUUUUGUACUUCAGUCAGCCAGGCAUUCUGAAUUUUAUGUGGUGAGACCAGCUCCUUCCAGAAGCGCUCACUCCUCUGUACCACCAGGACCCCCUUCAAGAGGCACUCAGCAAAGUUUUAACUUCUGCUUUCUUACUGACCUAACAUGUAAGGGGAAAGCCCCAACCUACAUCCAUCCACAGCCAGGUCUCCAGGCUAGAAACAGCCCUCUCCUUCCAUCCCAGACACCAGAAAUGUCUGAGAAGAACCAGCUCCAACCAUCCAAGCUCCAAAUGCCCCACAAAACACGCAACAGGCAAGUAGACACGGAGAGAGCAGAUGAGAAAGGGAGAGAGACCAAUGGCCGCAGAACUUGCCAACAGCAGUUCGUCUCGCACCAGUUCCCAGAGCUCAACUUCCGCCUACAUUUCCCCUUCACUCUCACUCCAGCGGUCACAGCUGGGGAAGGAAGCCACCUUGUGCAAGUCUAAGAUCCUCCUAAGAGCACGAUGUCACUGCUGCUGUUUCUGUUGUCCUUGGUGUUGGAAGGUGAGUGGGCCCAAGGUGGGAGUGACCCAAGUUGGGGCUGGGGCUACAGGUCAAGUCUGCCUUCCUCAGGGUCUCAAGGUCAGAACAGAGACUACUUGCUCCUGGUGAAGAGGACUGUGAAGGUACAGGAGGGUCUGUGUGUUGUCGUGUCCUGCGCUUUCUUCUCCCCUGAGAGACGCUGGCGUGACACUGCCCCAGCGUAUGGCUACUGGUUCAAAGUCACCAGAAGUUCAUCAUAUAAUUCUCUAGUGGCCACAAAUGACAAAGAUAAAAUAGAAAUAAUAGAACCAGAAACCCAGGGGAGAUUCCAGCUCUUGGGGGAUGUCCAGAAAAAGAACUGUUCCUUGGUGAUCAAAGAUGUGCAGCAGAGAGACUCCUCACUCUACUCCUUCCGGGUGGAGAGAGGAGUUGAGAAAUUCAGUUUUCGGGAUGGAUUCUUUCUGCUGGUGGAAGCCCUGACUCACAAGCCAGAUGUCUUCAUUCCUGAGAUCCUGGAGCCUGGGCAGCCAGCCACAGCUGUCUGCUUGUUUCACUGGGCCUUCGAGCAAUGCCCAGCUCCUUCUUUCUCCUGGAUGGGGGCUGCCAUCUCCUCCCAGGAAACCAGACCACACACCUCCCCUUACUCGGUGCUCAGCUUUACUCCAGGACCUCAGCACCAUGACACCGAGCUCAUAUGCCAGGUGGACUUGCCUAGGAAGAGCCUGCGGAGGACAGUCCAACUAAGCGUGGCCUAUGCCCCCAGAGAUCUUGCUAUCAGCAUUUUCCGUGACAAUGUGUCAGAGUUGCAUGGAAAUACCUCACAUCUGGAAGUUCAGAAAGGCCAGUCUCUGCGCCUCCUCUGUGAUGCCGACAGCCAUCCUCCUGCCACACUGAGUUGGAGCCUGGAGGACCGAAUCCUCUCUCGGUCCAGCCCUGUGGGCUCCAGAACCCUGGGCCUGGAGCUGCCCCGGGUGAAAGUUGGGGACUCUGGACACUACACCUGCCAAGCAGAGAACAGGCGGGGUUCCCAGCGACACACCCUGGAGAUCUCUGUGCUAUAUCCCCCAGAGGACCUGAGAGUGACUGCUUCCCAAGCAAACAGGACAGUAUUGGAAAUCCUCAGGAACGGCACCUCCCUCCCGGUCCUGGAGGGCCAAAGCCUGUGUCUAGUCUGUGUCACCCAUAGCAACCCCCCAGCCAAUCUGAGCUGGACCGGGGUGGCACAGACUCUGAUCCCGGCCCAGUCUUCAGAGCCUGGGAAGCUGGAGCUGCCUCUGGUCCAGAAGGAACAUGAAGGAGAAUUCACCUGCGCUGCACAGAACCCACUGGGUGCUCAGCGCAUCUCUCUGAGCCUCUCUGUGCACUCCCCCCCACAGAUGCCCAGAUCAUCCUGCUCCUGGGAAGCUGAGGGUCUCCACUGCAGCUGCUCCUCCAGAGCCUGGCCCGCCCCCUCGCUGCGCUGGCGACUGGGGGAGGGGCUGCUGGAGGGGGAUGGCAGCAAUGGCUCCUUCCAGGUCACCUCCAGCUCCACAGGGCCAUGGGCCAACAGUUCCCUGAGCCUCCAUGGGGUGCUCUGGCCCAGCCUCUCGCUCAGCUGUGAGGCCUGGAACACCCAUGGGGCCCGGAGUGCCUCUGUUCUGCUACUGCCUGGUAAGGAGAGUCCCACGGCCUUUUCCAAGGGAGCACUCUUGGGCUUUGGCGUUGCAGCUCUCAUUGCCCUCGGCCUCAUUAUGAUCAUUGUGAAGACCCGACAGAAGAAAGGAACACAAGAGGAAACCUCAAGACCCAAGAUCUCCCGGGGCAGCACAAUCCUGGAUUACAUCAACGUGGUCCCCAAGCCCAGGUCCCUGGCUCAGAAUUGGAAGGCCAAACCUGACACCCCUCCCAGGAUCCCGUCCCAGGACUCCCCUGAGUCAAAGAAGAGACAGAAGGAGCCACCGUUCACUUCUCCUGGCUGCCCGGACCCCAGGUCAUCCUCUGAGGUCCCUGUCUCUGAGAAUAACCCAGAAGAACUCCAUUAUGCUGCUCUCAACUUCCCCCGCCUUAGACUGUGGGAGACCCAGAAUCCCCAAGACACCGAUUAUGCCGAAGUCAGGUUCCACUGAGACUGUCCUGAACUUGAGAACUGAGAUCUCCUACCCCCAAAGGAAUGCAGUUUCUCUUCUCGAAAAAAUCCUCAGGUGGUACAGUGCUUGCCACCAAGCCCGGAUCCACAUGGUGGAAGGAACCUUCCACAAGCUGUCCUCUGACGGCCCACGCGCCUCCCAGUGAGUCUGAAGGUCAGAGGACAGCUCUGAGGAGUCAGCUCUGGUGAAUCCUGAGGACUGAACCUAGGCCUCUGGGCCUGGUAGCAGGUAUCCUAACCUGCUAAGCCCAGAACAGAGAUUUAAGAGAAGAGGCCUAGAUAAGUCAUUAGCAAAAUAAAGCUUUCUUAUGCUUGUA